AUGAACCUGAACAAGGCCGCUCGCGUCAUCCUCUUCGGUGCACCUGGCGUUGGUAAAGGGACACAGAGCGAGCGAUUGCUCGCUCGCUUUCCUCAGCUCAAUCAGAUUAGUACUGGUGACCUUUUGCGUCGAAAUGUCAAGGAGAGGACACCCCUCGGCAUCAAGGUCGAGAAUACGAUGAAGUCGGGUGGACUUGUUGCUGAUGAUCUUAUCCUGCGACUUAUUUCCAACGAAUUCUUCACUCGCGGAUGGCUCGCCAAGAAUGGCGGUCCGAAUGUCAUGACUCUUUCUUCUGAAGCGACGGCAAUGGAGGCUGCUUUCAAUAGCGCUGCUUCUGAUCCGUUCAUCAACGCUCCAUUCCUCGACGGCCACCGUCCUUCCAAGGCCUCCAACGACCCCUCCGCUUCGUUCAUCCUCGAUGGCUUCCCCCGAACAGCUUCUCAAGUCGGUCCUCUCGACAAGCUUAUCCCGAUCAAUCUCGUAGUCUCCCUCAAGACUCCCGUAUCUGUUAUUCUCGAGCGAAUCCUCGGACGUUGGGUCCACGAGCCUUCUGGCCGAGUCUACAACACCAGCUUCAAUGCGCCUCGAGUCCCUGGAAUUGACGACGUCACCGGCGAGCGAUUGAUUCAGCGCCCUGAUGAUUCCGAGGAAGUUUACAGAGCACGAUACAAGAAGUUCCAAGAGACCAGCGAGCCUGUCCUGAACCACUACGCCCAGAAGGGCGUGCUCGUCGAGAUUGAGGGCAUGAGCAGCGAUGAAAUCACCCCAAAGCUAUUUGCAGAGUUCGAGAAGCGCUUCGUCCAUUGA